CCUGGCCUCCGUGAAAGCCAGUUGUCGCCGCGGGGAAGCUGUCGAGCAUCCCUCAUUACACGACCGUGACAACGUCCAGGGCGCAUCUGAGAUUAGCAGCAGCAUUGACUGUCUCUCACUAUAUCUAACGAUCGCCUGUAGCCGAUCGAUCGGGCAUCCAUUACUGCCGCGCCGCCAUCGCAUUCCGUAGCUCUCGGCGAGCCACAUCAGUCGCUAUAUAUUGCCACAUUUCGUACCCGUUUCCAGUUUGCUUUUAUCAUCAUGAAGUCGCCUUUGCUACCGCUCACGCUGGGCGCCAUAUUGUCUUCAAGCCACGUAGCUGCGAGAUACGAUGACGGGUUACAAGAGCCGCUGCACGAUGCCAUCGACCCCAACAAGUACCGAGCAGCAUGUCCCGACUACAAGCAGUACUCUAUGCGAGCCCCACCUUACAGCAAAGGCCCGUUUGAGUUGCCUUUCCAAAGACCUUCAAAGUAUUGCCGAACAUUUCAAUCGCCUCUAGUCGAGAAGGUCAUUGAGUACAUGAACGCGAAUUUAGUCGACAAGGAUCUAGCACGUAUCUUUGAAAAUGCCUUCCCCAAUACCCUGGACACGACCGUUCGAUGGCACGUGGAUAAUACCCCCACUCAUAAGUAUGGUAUGAGGGGCUGGGAGAGAGGUGCAUGGACAGGGCCACAGAGCUUCAUUGUUACUGGAGACAUCAACGCCGAGUGGCUACGUGACUCGACGAACCAGCUGCAGCAAUACCAACCGCUGGCGAAGAAGGAUAAAGAGAUCUUCAAGCUGAUUUUGGGAGCUAUCAACACACAGGCCGAGUACGUCAUCGGCUCGCCAUACUGCAACGCCUUCCAGCCCCCUGCGCCGAGCGACCUGAGCCCGACCUUCCAGGACCAAGACGACGUCGUACACCCCGAAUACGAAGCCUCAUUCGUCUUCGAAUGCAAGUACGAGCUCGACUCGCUCGCGCACUUCCUCUCCCUCUCCAACCAAUUUUACAACCACACCGGCUCCACCGCCUUCAUCAACGCCCGCUGGCUGCAAGCCCUGGAUACGCUCCUCUCGGUCCUAGAAGCGCAAUCGCAACCCACAUUCGACGACAAGACUGGCGCCUACAGCAAGAACGUCUACACCUUCCAGCGACGCACAGAUAUCGGCACUGAGACCCUGGCCCUCAGCGGCGUCGGCAACCCACUCGCAGGCGGCACAGGCCUGGUGCGCUCCGCCUUCCGGCCCAGCGACGACGCUACGAUCCUCGGCUUCCUGAUCCCGAGCAAUGCCAUGAUGAGCGUGGAGCUCGGCCGGACAGCCGCCAUCCUUGAGAAGGCAGGCAAGAAGCACAUCGCCGCCACGCUGGCAUCGUGGUCCGACAAGAUCAAGAAAGGCGUGUGGGAGCACGGCGUCGUAACGCACAAGAAGUACGGUCGCGUCUUCGCCUUCGAAGUCGACGGGUACGGAUCGAGCAUCUUGAUGGACGACGCGAACCUGCCGUCGCUCCUCGCGCUGCCGCUUCUCGGCUUCGUCGAGGCGGACAGCGAGGUGUACAAGAACACGCGCCGCAUGAUCCUGGAGAAGACGGGAAACCCGUAUUUCCUGACCGGCGCGGGAUUCGGGGGGAUCGGCGGCCCGCAUAUCGGGCUGCAGCAUGCAUGGCCCAUGAGCGUGCUUGUACAGGCCAUGACGAGCGAGGACGACGAGGAGAUUGCGAGGUGUGUGGAGAGUGUGAAGAACGUGUCGAGGAACGGGUUGAUCCACGAGAGUAUUCAUGUCGACUAUGAGAGGGAUUACACUAGACCCUGGUUUGCGUGGGCGAACUCCGUAUUCGCGCAGACGAUCCUCGAUCUUGCGAAGCGGAAACCGCAUCUCCUGUUCGGCAAGGGCGCGGCGGCGUACACGCUGGACUAGGCGUCUGGGUCUUCCUCGCGCGGUGUCGAUGGCGCCUUGACCGUUGACGAGGCGCUUGUGAAGUCGUUACAGAGAAUGGUUGGAUUCCUCGGGGUUCUGUACAUGUUCUACCAGCUUUCCUUCGUUGGGCACGAGUCGUUGGCGGUGAUCGUGGGUGUGCCUGUUGAUAGGACUGCUGCGGCGACCGAGCGGAGGAUCGCUCUGGGCUUGGUUGUGGGAGCGCUUGU